AUGCAGGUAUGUAUUGGGUUUUUUUAUUAUAUAAUGUUACAUGUUUUGUAUGAAAUGUGGAACCAGUCGGUCAAUACCCUGCCGAAAGUCGUGGGCUUUCUUUGGGUGCUUUGAUUUCCUCACACAGGGGGAAGUUGACAGGGUGGGCAGGAUAGUAUGUACCUCUAUUUGUGAUAAACAUUUGUGCUAAUUUAUUUAUAGAUGGUCAAGCAAUAGCAAAAAGGAUUGAAAAAGGAAUUAAAAAACACACAAAAAAAAUUCGGUGUUGCCUAAAAGAACGGGACAACGUUUGUAAGACGUUAUAUGAACUUGGUGAUACUACAGAGUACAUUACUUACACAUUCCAUGACGUUGUCUCUUCACUUCUCUUUGAACAACGUGGCAUUUCUGAAACAAAUGAUGAAGGCACUGUAGCUUUAGCUACACAAUCAUUCAGGCAACAAAUUAUAGACUGUUACCAUCUAAAGGAAAGGUGUUCUGAAGAAAUAGGGCUCCUCGAAAAUGAGAUGAAAAAUGUCGUAGAAUUUUAUCUAAAUGACAUAAAAAUUUUACAAGGUGUUGAAUCAGAUCUUUAUUCCGUGGGCGACAUUGCUGUUGUAAGACAGGAAGCAGAACGACAGAAAAUCUGUCUUGGCGUCCUUGUGUCACAUUUUCAACAGUUUAGCGAUGUGCAGGAACUUAUUGAUGAUGAAUUACGAAUUUCUUAUUCAAUAACGGACAACUCAACAAGUUAUGGCAGUGAUAGCGACAAUGUUGAAGAGAACGAUAGUGAUGAUGAUAUGGUUUCAGCGUUUUAG